GCUGCGGCCAAAAUCAAGCACAGUACGACGGAGUACGAAAAACCAAUUGGAAGUUUAAAAAUUCCUAAAUAAACAAAAUCGAUUUUUAUAGUCCGAUUGGGUUAUUUCGUGGUGUAAAAUAUUGUAUUUAAUUUUUUGUUACUGUUAUUUCGUUACCUUUAAGGACUUAAAAACAAAAAAACUUUAAAAAAAAUGUUCUGCAAAUUGGCAUUCAUCUCCCUCUUCGCCGUCGCCUUGGCCAAACCACAACAUCUGCCAGCCGCUCAAUAUCCAGCUGGUGUGAAUCCACAGGACUGCCCCGGUUUCCCGAUCUGUGAUAACGCACGCCUACACAAUCCACAGGCACAUUGGGGCGCACCAGCACCCGCUUGGCAGCCACAACCCCAAUGGGGCGCACCAGCACCCGCUUGGCAACCACAACCCCACUGGGGUGCACCCGCCGCACCCUCAUGGCAACCCGCACCAGCGCCCAGUGCUGGUGGUGAUAAAUUCCCAGCUGGCGUCAAUCCACACACCUGCCCCAACUAUCCAUUCUGUGAUGUGAAUGCCGGACAUGGCGCUGUUGCUGCACCACCACUACCCGGUUGGACUGAACGUCAGUACCCAGCUGGUGUGUCGCCACAUCAAUGCCCCAACUUCCCAUACUGCAACUAAAUACACAGGCACUAAUGCCUGCAGCCCGUCGGACGAAGUCCCGCUACACCUGUAUCCUAUCGAAAUUCAAGCACACACAAUCACACACACUGCCAAUGUCAGCCAACUUCAAAACGCCGCUUCCAUAACACUGUUAUCAUAUAUCGUGCAUACAUACACAUUUACUGUUAUCUUCUUACAGCGCCUAAAGUUCUCAAGUUCUCAUUACUAUUGUACAGCUGGAGUUUGUUGUUGGUCCAUAAGUAAAUAAAAAAAAUAUGCAUUUGGAAUUUUAUUUGUCCUUAAAAAAA